CUAACCUCAAAUUUUGGCUGGGAAUGGUCUUUUGUUUAGCUUUUUUAAUAAUUUCCGGUUUUAAAUAAAAAUCUCUCAUCGGAGUGAUAAUUUUUUUUUAAAUUUUGUGCCUCUACAACUUUCAAGUUUGAGUUGAAAAUGUCGGUUUAUCUUGUAAAUACGACCGACAGUGAAGAUGUUGAUUCACCUCAAGCAGCUGGUGAUUCACCCGGCGACCCUAAUAAGUUUUUCAUCACAGCUGAAGCACAAGAGGUUCUUAACUCCUUCUGGCCCAAAGUAAUGGAAGAAAUUAGAAGCAUUGGACAGCUGGAUCUGAAGAAUCAGGCCUUACCAUUAGCCCGAAUUAAGAAGAUAAUGAAACUGGAUGAAGAUGUGAAGAUGAUUAGUGCUGAAGCUCCCAUGUUAUUCUCUAAAGCAGCUGAAAUAUUUAUUCACGAGUUGACUCUACGAGCAUGGCUCCACACUGAAGAUAACAAGCGCAGGACCUUGCAGCGAAACGACAUUGCCAUGGCGAUAUCCAAGUAUGAUCAGUUUGAUUUUCUAAUUGAUAUUGUUCCUCGAGAUGAAGUCAAAGUGAAUCGAACGAGUAGUGAUGGCACAAAAACAUCUAUGAAUCCAGAUCAGGUGCACUACUACUUUCAACUAGCUCAACAACAUCAAGCUGCUCUUCAACAGUCCAAUUCCACAGCAACCACAAACGCACAAACAAUCCAAGUAGUUCCCGCAUCAACACAGUUACAAACAGUGACAAUCAACAAUGAUGCUGGAGAUCAGAAUGCCUCUGCUACUAACACAAACACUUCAAAUACAUCAACCACUUCUCAAGUAAUCCAGAUAUCAACCCCCACUGCUACCACCGCAUCAGCUAGCACAAACAACCAAGCUCUGGGAAAUAUUCAACUGGUUCAGCAAGUUGUCACUCCUUCAGGAGAAGUCCAACAAGUACCUAUACAACUGAGUCCCGCUCAAUUACAACUUAUAAGAAUGCAGCUACAGGGGAAUAGCAAUCAACCGAUCAUACUGCAAACAUCAUCUGCAAUUCAGGGACAACCUCAAGUGAUUCAGGUUCCUCAAACAGGCACUGCAGCAACACCUGUGUUCUUAUCGACAAGCAAUGCUUCAACAUCUGAAGGGGAAUAGCUGAAUACAGCCAUUUAAAUUGCGCAACAAACUUUGCCUCUAAUUCAAGAUGCCUGAAGAUGCAGUAAUGCUCAAAUCCUCAACUACUGUUUCAGUAUUCAGAAGAUGAUUAUUUGUAGUAGGGGUACCAAAUGCCCCCCCCCCUUUAAGUAGGUAUUUGAGCUACAAAUGCUUUAUUUUAUUCUCAUCUGUUCAAACAUAACCUCAAAAAGUUUUAAGUGAGCCAGUUUUUUUAGACAGGAGUAUUUUGAUGGUUAUAAUUUUGAGAACAGUCAAAAUUUAUUAUAUCUUUUCAAAAUCCAAGUUUCUUCGUCCAGUAAAUACAAAGGUAUUUCUUUUCCAAAACUUUCGUGAUUGACCUUAUCCCCCAAAGCACAGCAUACCUUAGUAAGAUCUAGAUUUUUUGGGUCUGACAAAUCAAUGCAUUAAAUUGAGGAAUCCACUAAUUCAAAUAAGCUUGAAGGCCUUGAAGGCACCGGAAGAUUGAUCUGUUAAAUCGCCAAACCCAUUAAGUUGCGAAAUCCUUUAAAUCCUAAUUCGAUAAAUUGAGGUCUCAUCGUAGUUCUAGCACCAUCUUUACUGCAGUUUUAUUUUAUGAAGGAUGUAAAUGAAGUAAAAAAUACAAAAUGCAUCUUAGACUGAUGAAUUAAUAAUAGAAGGAAUUCAAACUUGAUACCCUUUACUGCAGUGGAUGAUGUCAAUUAUGUACCAUGAUUAUUCAAAGGACGAUACCGCUAUUUUUAUUGGGAGAAGUAACUAGAUAUUUUGAAAGGUCUCAUCACUUUCGGGCAAAUCUACAACAUUUAAUUAUUAAAACCUGGUGCUGUGCACCUGACUUACUCCUUGGAAUGUAAAUAAAGAAAAUAUAUCCAAGCAAUUCUGAUGAGGUAUGUAUCAGUAUCUAUUGACAAUGGACUGGAAGUUGAGGUCUUGGUUACUGUAUUCUUCGACUAAUUUCAGUUUCAAAUUUCAAGCAGAAAUAGUAUGCACAGUGCAAAUUAACAGGUGCAAAGAAAAAGGAAAAAAUUAAGUAUUUGGUUUUAUAUAACGUUAACUAGUGUAGGAAACUAGAUGAUGCUGUCCAUAAACUUCUUUCGUUUUAUAUGCGUUCGUUACAAACUUUGAUUAACCACCACUCAGUUAUUUUUCAACUUUCUUUUUUUUUGUGUGAGAUUUUGAAAAAGAAAGGUGUAAAAAAAUAAUGCUUUAAUGUUUACUAGUUAUUUUUUCCUCAAUGUAACCUUUUUCCUGAACAUUGAAAAUUGAUCUCAAAGUAAAUUCAUAGUAAAUUAUACUUGAAGUUUGGCUUAACUGUGAAAAUUUUAGUUUCGUGAGAGUGUUGUAAUAAAUAACUUCCUCUGAGUUGCUGUGCAGCUGUUCACAUUACCCAUCUGUUAUGGGGGAAAAAAAAUGUAAAAACACAUGUAAUAUUUUCCUGCUCCGAAAUAGAUAUUUUAAAUUGAAAACAAAUCCAAUCCACUCGUAUAUAUACAUGAAUAUUUUAAAGAAAUCUUAUCACCUCUCCAUUUCAGAUUGAACUUUGUAUUCUGAAGAAAGAAUAUAGACGGUGAAUUUCCCAAAUAUCUCAUCAUGUAUCUCGGUUUGCAACGUUGCAGACUUCCUAUCAUACUUAAUUUUGUAAUUAGAGAACUAGUCGAGGUCAAUCCCUGUAAACUUCUGUGAUUUUUAUUUUCAGUUUGAGGCAAAUUUUGAACAACCUCAAGGAAUGAUGUUAAUUUUUUCCCCUGUAAAGAAGUAAAAUUAAAAUAGAAAUUUUUAAACACAGCAAACAAGACACGUGGUUCGGGAAUUUCUCCGUUAAUAUUUCUUUACUAUUAUCAUAUGUGUAAAUAAUGGGAUGCUUUUGAUUCUCAAUUUACUUCAAGAUGGAUAGAUAGUUUUCUAGUUUAGGCUUUUUAAUAUUUGUAUAGUAAAAUACUUUGUACCUAGAAUCAAUCUACCUAUUUUCACUGUAAAUAUGUAAAUGAAUAUUUUAUUGUAAAUUCUGUAAUUCUUAUACGAUAUUUUUUGACUGUCAAGUGUGAUUGUUUUUCCUUUCUUUUUCUUUUAUUUAAAAUAAACACAUCAAAUAGAACA